AUGUCACGAGCUGAAGGUGCGGUACCACCGCUGGUUACUCACCAACCAUCUGGUAAAUUAGUUCGUGGAUCACGAUUAGGAACAUCGACGAAUGAAGAACCACAAGUACCACUUUUACUCAUCAAUCGUUAUCGAGUGUCAUCAAUGAUUGGUUCAGGUUCAUUUGGACACAUUUUUGAAGCGGAUGAUAUUCAAACACACGAACAAGUGGCUGUCAAAUUUGAAUCACAUGCACUUCAAUAUCCACAGUUAGCCUACGAAGCACGAGUUUUAAGACUUAUUUCAGGUGCUGGAAUUCCAAAGAUAUUCUGGUAUGGUGAAGUUGAUGAUUACAAUGUUCUAGUGAUGGAAAAAUUAGGUCCGAGUAUUGAAGAUCUUUUAUGUUACUGUCGUCGGUCAUUUUCAUUAAAAACAGUUCUUUUACUAGCCGAACAAAUGCUGAAACGUUUGCAACAUAUACAUUCACGUACUUUUCUUCAUCGUGAUUUAAAGCCUGACAAUUUCCUCAUGGGUGUUUUCUCCUGGUCACAUCGUCUAUAUCUGAUCGAUUUCGGUCUUUCAAAGCGAUAUAUCGACGCGAAAACACGUCGGCAUAUUACAUAUCGAGAAGGCAAAGGUUUGACGGGUACACCACGUUAUGCAUCCAUCAAUUCUCAUCUUGGAAAAGAACAAUCUCGACGUGAUGAUCUCGAAGCAAUCGGAUAUGUUCUCGUUUAUCUGUAUGAAGGACGCUUACCGUGGCAAGGUUUAAAAGCAGCAGCUAAAUCGGCUAAAUACGAAAAAAUCUGUGAACGAAAACUCCACACAUCACUUGAAUCACUUUGUUUGAAUAUGCCAAAAGAAUUUGCAAUCUAUUUGCAAUAUUGCCGUCAAUUGGAAUUCACUGAUGAACCUAAUUAUCUUUAUUUAUUAAAGUUAUUUGAUGAACUUUUUGUUCGACAUGCUUUUGUACGUGAUUACAUUUACGAUUGGAAUCUUGUUCGAUUUCGACGUGGCUUAACGGACGAAACAGCUGAACAAUCGAUUGUUCUAGCAAACAAACGAUCGAAAUCGCUGAUACCAGUUGUUACUACAACUCGAUACAUAACUCAGCGUGAAUAG